AAGAGCAUGAUGACAUGACAUGACAUUCAUUGAUUUAUUCGUUCACAUUGAUUCUGAAACUAUACUUACUGAACUUCUCCCAGAUCGUUCAAAACAAGUGGCUGCUUCCAUUUCCCAUCAAACGACGCCGUAACAACCCACCCUGCCCUAACCUUCAUCAUGUGGCGUAGACUUUUCUCUUCUUCUCACCUCAAAACCCUUUCUUCUUCUAAUCUCUCUCAUUCUCAUCCUCGAUCCGCCGUUGCCGGACUCCGAUUCGUUGAUCUCAACCGCCACGUUGCCACUCAAUCAGCUGGUUCCAUCAAAAAGAGGGUUGAGGAUGUUGUCCCAAUUGCUACCGGUCAUGAACGUGAGGAGAUUCAGGCUGAGCUUGAGGGAAGGGAUAUUCUUGAAAUAAACCAUCCAGAAGGUCCUUUUGGCACAAAGGAAGCACCUGCUGUUGUUAGGUCUUUCUAUAGCAGAAGGAUAGUUGGAUGCCCAGGUGGUGAAGGUGAGGAUGAGCAUGAUGUCGUCUGGUUUUGGCUGGAGAAAGGCAAGCCUCAUGAAUGUCCAGUGUGUGCACAGUAUUUUGAGCUUGAAGUGGUAGGACCUGGCGGUGAUCCUUAUGGACAUGGCGAUCACGAUCAUCAUUGAUUACAUCCUGCAAUUUUCCUUGGGGAAUAAAUAAUUCAACGAGAAAUUAUUUUGCACUUGCACCUUUCAAAAUCAUGAUGCCCUGCUUCGUUUGGUUUUGAUUGGUCUAUAUCUUGCGGUUUUACAACUUAAAGAGAGUUUCUGUGAUUAUAUAGACACAGGGUUGUCAUUUGAUUGGCUACAAGUCCUGUUAGGUUGUCAUUUUUGCUCUGCCAAAUAAUUGAUAGCAACGCUAUGAUUCUUUAACAAUGUUAUUUUUUUCAAUUAAGGAAAACCUACAGUUACUUUUAGCACCUAAAUUACAAAAGGUACUACAAGUUUAAUCGAAGAGUAAAGUUCACUUUUGGUCCUUAAGAAAUAAUUUUGGACUAGUUUGGUCCUUAAAAGAA